AUGAAUACGGUUGACGAAUUCUGCGAUUUAUUGCAGGCUCACAGUAAUCGUGAUAAAAUAGUGUCACUGACAAGCUAUAUCCUAAAGCUUUGGGGCGCGAGUUCAAAGCGUCAGAAUCUAUUGACAGCGAGUGCGAACCUCGCGAGCGCGCGAGCAGCCUUAAGACUCUUCGAUGAUGCUGCUGUGCUUAGCAAUUUUCUCAAAUAUGGACUGGGGAAACAGGAUGGUCCUUGGUGGGGAACUCUGGGCGUGUCGAAUGGCUUGUUCACGCUAGCGUACUUGCAGGCUGAGAAAAUGGUGUUCUUACUCGACACAGGUGUAUUGACGCUAGACGAGGAAAAAGCUUUUAAAAUAAGAACUGCACAUAAGCUCUUUUGGGCGCUGUUCUCGUUCAUUGGAUUGAUCAGAUCAAUUAGAGCUUUACACAUAUCGGCGCAGAAUUUAAAAGAUCCUAAUCGUACUAAAUGCGCUCCGGCAAGAUUCACCCAGGCUACAUUGACUAGUACGAAGCUCGUACUGGAUGUGAUUCACGCGGUCAGCUGGCUGCCUCGGGGCUGGUUGUGGGGCAGUUCCCUACAAACGUCACACGCUGCUGGGAUAGCGACUCUGUCUGCUAUUCUAGGUUUAGUCACACAUUACCAUGGAAAAAAACUUUUGCCUCGAUAAGUUUUGGAUUUCCUUAGAGUGCACUAUGUAUUAAUUAUUAAUAAUAUUAAUCUGAAAGCACUAGAAUUACUUGAUGGUAACUUGAAG